UGGAGAACCAUUCAUUGUCCGGUGCUGCGUUCGCCGUCAGCACCAGUGGUCGUCGUCUUCCCAGGCUCAAAGCCCUUAGAAGCUGUAGAGGAAGCUCAUCGCUGCUAACUCGUUUUCAAGGUACCUUGGAGAAAGAAUGGCGGUCAUUAGAACCACCACAAACAUGAUCCUCAGAGAAAUCCUUCAUUCGCAACCCUAUUUUACUCUAUCAGUACCCCCACUCUUCCCUGCUACUUUGAACAAUCCCAAUGCCGCUUUGCGAUUCCGGCUGCGUGAGAUCAGUUUUGGUCGUGUCAUAUGUGCCGCUUCGGAGUCGUCCGGUGCCGGAGGAAAGGUAUCUUCCCGCCUGUCGCAGGUUCAGCAGCUGUUGCAAGAGGCGGAGGAGCGCGCUCUAUCGGCUGACGUCGAACCCGCCCCUAAAAUCACUCUCGAUCACGUCACUGUGAAUUUUGCAAGAAGUGGUGGCCCUGGAGGUCAGAAUGUCAAUAAAGUGAACACGAAGGUUGACAUGCGCUUCAAUGUUAAAGAUGCAUAUUGGCUAAGCGAGAGAAUCAGGGAAAAGAUUAUGCAAACGGAGAAAAAUCGGAUCAACAAGGAUGGGGAGCUUGUAAUUUCAUCCACUAAAACUAGAACGCAGAAGGGUAACAUUGAAGAUGCCUUGGAGAAACUUCAGGCAAUAAUUGAUGCUGCUUCUUAUGUCCCGCCACCUCCCUCAGAAGAGCAAAAGAAGAAAAUUGCUAAGAUGGCUGCCAUUGGAGAACAGAAACGCCUUAAAAGCAAGAAGGUCCUUUCUGAUAAGAAGGCGUUUCGAAGGAGUCGAGGCAGUUGGGAUUAACCACAUUGCUACUCUUGCUAUUUUAAUUCAGGAAAAUAAUCCAAGAUUUUCAAAAAGAAACCAUACAAAGAAAAACCUGUUAGAAGCAGGGAGAUUUGCUUCCUAUCACAGGUGAUUUCUGGAAAUUUGCUAGAAAUAGGUAUAAGAUAACUUAUCUUUUUAUUUGAUUGGUGCAUGAUAUAUUUGAAGCACCAGCUUAUAUUAGAUUUUAUGGAACUUCCCUUCUGUAGAUGCAAGAACAUCGACUCACAAUGUCUCGUUUCAUCAAUGUAUGUUAAACUAAUAUCAAUUCAGCUGUAGCUUGUUUUUAUUA